AUGAUGAACACCCACAGAUCCACCUUCUGGCCCACCAUUUCCCCAACCCACACCCUCACCUCCCCCCCAUCCAACCUCCAAGUCCUCAUCAUCCCCGGCGGCCCCGGCGCCCGAUCCCCCGACCUCGGCCCCGAAAUAGCCUUCAUCCGCUCCGUCUUCCCCAAGCUCCAAUACCUAAUCACAAUC